AUGAGCACUCAGGCCGAAGAUAUGGAGGCUUCAUCGCGCCCGAAAAGCAUAGACCUCGACCCCGUUGAUCUGGAAAGCGACGAGAAGUCAAAUAUCGCGCCGGCAUACAAGCAGGACGCUUUCGGCAACGAGGAGUUCGCCGAGGUCAAAUAUAAGGUAUUGAAGUGGUGGCAAUGCGGAUGCCUGAUGGUCGCCGAAACCGUUUCGCUGGGUGUUCUGUCGCUGCCCGCUGCCAUCGCAGGCCUGGGCUUUGUCCCUGCGCUCAUUAUCCUUGUUGGUCUCGGCCUGCUCGCAACCUACACCGGAUACGUCAUGGGCCAAAUGAAAUUGAGAUACCCACAAAUUACGACUAUGGCGGAUGCUGGUGAAGUUCUGGCGGGCAAAUGGGGCCGUGAAUUCCUCGGCGCGUGCUAUAUCAUCUUCCUCAUUUUCAUCAUGUCGAGUCACUUGUUGACAUUCACCGUUGCGAUGAACACCAUCACCGACCACGGUACCUGCUCGAUUGUCUUUGGUAUCAUGGGCAUGAUCAUUUCAUUCUUCUGCUCGCUUCCACGAACUCUCGUCAACAUGUCCUGGUUGUCCCUUGUCUCAUUUGCCAGUAUCAUCAUCGCUGUGCUGGUCGGCAUGAUUGGCGUUGGCAUCGAGAAGCCCGGUAGUGGGGUCGUAGCUGUUCUCGACACCGAUCUCUACCAUGGGUUCUCGGCCGUGUGUAACAUCGUCUUCGCCUUCUGCGGUCAUGCCGCGUUUUUCGGCUUGAUGGCGGAGCUCAAGGAUCCGCGCGACUUCACCAAGUCUCUUUGCCUCUUGCAGGGGUUCGACAUCUCUCUUUACCUUGUGGCAUCCGUCGUCAUCUACCGCUAUGCCGGUGAUGGUGUUACCUCGCCUGCUCUUGGCUCGGCUUCUCCGGUCGUUGCCAAGGUCGCCUACGGCCUUGCAUUGCCUACUAUUAUCAUCGCAGGUGUAAUCAACGGCCACGUCGCAUUCAAGUAUGUCUACGUCCGUAUCUUUCGUGGCACAGAUCGCAUGCACAAACGCGACUGGGUGGCUGUGAGCUCCUGGGUUGGCAUCGCCUUGAGUCUUUGGAUUAUUGCAUGGAUCAUCUCGUCCGCUAUCCCGGUUUUCAGCGACCUCUUGAGCUUGAUAACUGCCUUGUUCGCCAGCUGGUUUACCUUCGGUCUGAGCGGCAUGUUCUGGCUGUUCAUGAACUGGGGCAAAUGGUUCUCGUCGCCUCGCAAGAUCGCACUUACCGUGCUUAAUAUAAUUAUCAUCGGUAUUGGUGCAGCACUGUGCGGUCUCGGCCUUUGGGUGUCCAGCAAGGCCAUCCAUGAUAAUUCCAGCAGUGCGAGCUUUUCGUGUGCGAAUAAUGCUUAA